AUGAACUCAGAUCAUGCCUGUAGAGGAUAUUUGCCAGUUUUGUGGAGGAGGAAGCGGAUUGCAGUUAUUGUAUCUUGUUUAGAAGGGAAAUUUUUCACAGUGGUAACUGACACUGUAAGAGUUAGACGCACGCAUAUAGUGAAAACAAUAAUGAUAUUAAUAUUUCUUCAACUGCUGCAAGUUGUGUGGGGAGAACAGUGGGAUUUCUAUCAUGAGCUUUCAGCGGAAACAUUUCAACCCCCAAACAGUUUAAGAGAGGACUCAUACUUUGGGUUUAGUAUUACUUAUGACCAAUUUAACAAGCGAAUGAUGAUAAGUACGCCACGAGAGAAUAACAUCGGAGAGGUUUACGAGUGUGAUUUAACGAAAAUAAACGACAAGUCGUGUUCCAAACUUCCUGCAAACAUUACUAGGGAAGCCGAAGCCUAUACACAUGACUACUGGUUUGGUGCUACAUUGGAGGCAGCUCCUACAUACGUAUUGGCAUGCACGCCGAGAUAUACUAGAUAUCCACGCAAUUGCGCAGUUGCAGGAACGUUUGGUCGUUGUUAUAGGCGCAGAGAAAAUGAAAAUUUCUUUAAUUAUCCCAUGUUCACUAAGUCCGUCACGCAAAAAGACUGUCUGAAUAUGGAGAAAUCAAUGGAUACUUUGGGAUGGAGUUUGGAUAUCGGCAAAGAUGACUCUGUAAUUAUAGGCUCUCCGGGCAUGUUUCAAAACACAGGAAUUGCUGCAGUUUUACCUUCAAAGAAAAGGCUUUUGAAGCGGAUAGACAAAAUUGAAAGCAACAUUUAUAACUUCGGCUAUGGUGUAGCGGCAGGCUAUUUUUUGGUAGAAAAUAAAAUAUCGUACGCUGUGAGCACAACAUAUGGAAAUUUUGGAGCCGGACAAGUCUAUUUUUAUAUUCAAGAUAAAAACAAUAAUUUUGAUAAGCCAUUGCUACUGAAAAAAGGCGAAGAUGUAGACGAUGUAGGAUCAAUGUUUGGUGCAGUACUGUGCGUUGCGAAUAUAAAUGAACUCGGUAAAGGAGAUGAUUUGUUAGUGGGCGCACCGACGUACGCCUUGCAAUCUGAUUACAACAUUGGGGCUGUUUAUGUGUAUGAAUUUAAAAAGAAAGGCGAUCCACCCGAAUACCGAAUCAAAAUAGUUGGUCAAAAACAUGGCUCAAUGUUUGGCAGUACAAUAAUAAGUCUUGGUGACUUAAACGGUGAUAAGAAAGAUGAAAUAGCAAUAGGAGCUCCUUAUGAAGACGAUGGCGCAGUCUACAUCUAUUCUGGUGCUGCUAUAUUAAGCGAUAAACCUUUUAGAUGGUUGCAGAAAAUUAAGCCAAGUGAAAAAAAUCUAGCAUCUUUUGGUUACAGCCUCGCUGCGCUCCAAGAUUAUGACAAUAAUGGAUGUAACGAAUUAGCAGUCAGCGCUCCUUUUGCAAACAAAGUAAAGCUUUACAAAUGCUUGGCUGCUGUCACCAUCACCAAAAUGUAUGCGAUUUUCCCCAACGUAACGAAGCGCACUGUUUCUCGUCAAACAGAUUUUGUAUUCGAAGUUUGCAUUGAUGUCAAAUAUCCAGACAAACCAAAAGAUAUAACUGCAGACUUAUCAACGGAUGUAAGAUUGGAUCAUAUGUAUGCGACGUUGAAGUCUGUGAACGAUCGGAAUGUCUAUAAUUUUCAUACUCCACUUCAGAGUAAGAACUCUACGUACUGUGCAAAAGUUGACUUUAUUUUACCUCUGGAUAAGGACUAUAGUACCGAAAUAGGAUAUGAGAUUUCAACGAAGUUACUAAACAGCCCCAUGAACAUGACACAUGUGACUGGUGCCCACGUCAUCCUCUCUGACCACAGCAAGCUAUCUAAUUCUGGUUCAUUUUGGGCUGGUGAGUGCUCCGGGGCUAGUGGCUGUAUAUCCAAUCUCAGCCUAACGAUCACCUCCGAUAUAAAAGAACGACCUUUUAUUACUGGCUCUAAAGACGCUAGCGUGUUUCACGUCCAAGUGCUGAAUACUGGUGAGGUGGCUUAUGAUCCGUGUAUUCAGCUCAGAGUAUCAGGUGGUACUCUGCAAAAAUCACCAAUGUUCUGUUCCUGGAAUAACGUUUUAGAUGAAUCAUGGUUGUGCAAGACGAUGAAGCCUAUCAGAACUAAUGCUACUUGGGACAUCAAUGAUAUAAUAGUAGAUCUACGAAGUUUGACAAAUCAGGACAAAAGAGUGGCAUUGAAAGUGAAAUUAUUCGAACGCUGCACAGACACCAAUACCAGCGAGUCUUACGAAUUAAGUUUUCCUUUAAGAAGUAACUCCGAUGGUAUUUAUAUAAGGGGAAUAACAGACGUUGGAUAUGUUAAUAUAGUUGAGAACGAAGUGUUGUUUGCCAAACAUUUUGAGCAGAUUUAUACGAUUGUAAACCAAGGACCAACCAACUUCAAAGACCUGACCAGUAACAUCACGAUGGAGAACACAGAUUUCGUCACAUAUCCAGAUAUACCUGUUACCAUUCAUGUCGAAGGAACAUCACAAUCCGAAGGCUCACACAAGACAUGUCACACUGAUAAAAGUGGUUUAAAAAUGACAGCCUUGUGUCAAAUAGACAGUUUAUUUAAAGACAGUUUCGUGAAAAUCAGAAUAGCCAUGGAUACAAAUCCAAAUGUUUUAACUUAUGAUGUACUGGAAAAACAAAAUCGUGUGACAGUAAAUUCAACUUUGACAAUUUACUUGGACACCGAAGCACCUAAAAGUUUAAUGUUGUCAACGGUGAUACAACGGCGGGAAGCCCACGUUGACCUGUGGAUAUUAAUCGCAGCGUGUUUAGUAGGAUUAUUACUGAUAAUUGUGAUCGCUGUCAUACUCUAUAAGAAUGGUUUCCUGCAACGUAAGAAUAAGAAGAAGCUAAAUACUCUCAAGGAAAGUGUUAAAAGACAAACUAUAAGACGGUCAAUGAUGGCACGGCCAACAACAGCAACUGAGGAUCGCUCGGAGAUAUUAGAAAAUAUGGAAAUGUCGGAUGAAAUCGCAUUCGAUGAAAAUCCACACCCGAAAAGAGCGACUAGCAAAACAUCUUAA